CUUUAUAUUGUCUUUAAUAUUUUAUGAUAAUAUUACUAUAUCAUCAUAUUAAAGCAUAAAACUAUGUCAGUUACAUGUAAGGAGAAAAAACAAAAAAUUUUUCAAAAACAAAAGCUUCAUCUGCUUGAUAAAUCGGAAUUGAUAAACAAAAUUAUACAAUUGGAAGAGAAGAACGAGCAACUAGAGGCAAUAGUUAAUGAAGGGAACGUAAAAUUAAAGGAUAGAAAUACCGUUCGUAAGUCAAAAAAGCCGUUUAAUUUUUCAAAGUGCUUUAAAAGGCAUAUACUUUUAAAAUUCUAUUAUCUAGGAUGGGAUUACAAUGGCUUUGUUGUACAAGAGAGUAUUGACAAUACAAUAGAGCAGCAUUUAUUCGCUGCAUUAAUGAAAAGUUGUUGUAUAGAAUCACGUGAAACUUCGAAUUAUCAUAAAUGUGGCAGAACAGACAAGGGUGUCAGUUCAUUUUCACAAGUGAUCUCCUUGGAUGUAAGAAGCGUAUUAAGUGCUGAGAAUCAGUACAAGCUGGAGGAUGAACUUCCAUACUGUAAAAUAUUAAAUAGAUUGCUUCCUUCUAAUAUAAGAUGUAUCGCAUGGUGUCCAGUGCCUAGUGAUUUUUCAGCAAGAUUUAAUUGCAAAUUUCGAAUGUACAAGUAUUUCUUCCCAAGGGGAAAUUUGAAUAUAGAUGCUAUGGACAAAGCUGUUAAAUAUACAAUAGGAGAGCACGAUUUUCGUAAUAUUUGUAAAAUGGAUGUUGGUAAUGGUGUUACCAAUUACAUGAGGACAAUUAUCGAUGCCAAAGUAUCUACAUACUGCCAGAAUUUUAGAAAUGUCCCAGGUUGUGAUAUGUGUCAGUUGAUUAUAACAAGUCAAGCAUUUUUAUGGCACCAGAUCCGCUGUUUAAUGGGCAUUUUAUUACUUGUUGGUCAAGGAAAAGAAAAACCAGAAAUUAUUUUAGAACUUUUGGAUAUUGUAAAUUGUCCUCGAAAACCACAAUACAAUUUAGCACAUGAAUUGCCGUUAAACCUUUGGUACUGUGAAUACGAUAAUAAGGAGUGGUACAUAGAUAAGGAUGAAUUAUUAACUACGAUGAAAAUUCUGCAAAGGGAUUGGUCCUUGAAUACAAUAAAGUCGGUCAUGAUUGAGAAUAUGCUGUCAGAUUUGGAAGAUUUAACGAACUGCAAAGACUUGAAUUUUCAGAGCGAUUGCUUAUUACUUGGUGCACAAUCCAAAGUGUAUCAGUCUUUAAUGAAACGGGUAACCUGUGAAAGCUUAGAGAAAAAAAUAAAGCAUUAUGAAAGUAAACGGAAGAAAAUAGGGUGAUCAAAUUGAAUUCUGAUUUAAUAAAAUUGAAUCAGACCCAAAGCACAUUAUUGUUUAUCUUCAAAAAGUGACAACGAUAAAUAAACG